AUGGCUUCAGAACGACUCUUCCCGUUCCCACGGGCGACCAAGACUACCUCAACCCCAUUAUCCAUCCUCGACUCAACAUGCGCGCGCUUCGCGGAUACCGCCCCAAUAUGGAUAUUUGACCCUCCCUCAAACGGAGCAGUUGACGAUGUGUUUCUUGACCGGCUGAAGUCCUCAUUUAUCUCCACCCUGAAUGCCUUCCCCCAAUGGGCAGGCCAACUCCACUGGGCCCCUCUCCGUCCCGGUGGAAAUCAUACGGAGCGUUUCAACCGAGCUAUGAUCACGUACGGCAACGACGCCGAUCCAGGGGUUGGAUGGGGUAUCAUCCGGCACGAUAUCACCGUUGAAUCUUUCGUGCCCGACAAGGCCGAGCUAUUGAAUGGCUUCUGGGCCGGGGACGCGUUUCCCCAAGAUGCGCUGCUGCCGCAAAACAAAAUUGCGCUGUAUAAUCUAAAGGAUUAUGAAGGUUUAUCGUGUAUGCUGGUCCAGAUCAACCUGUUCGAAUGUGGCGGAUAUGCUGUUGGGAUUCGCAUGGCUCAUCCUGUGGCGGACGCCCAGUCGAUGAUGGUGUUUGUGCACCAGUGGGCGGCGGAGUGUCGAGGGCGGCUUGGGGCAGCGAACUCAUCGUCGCUGUUUAACGAGCCAAUUUUUGAUCCUCCUCAGCUGGACUUACAUGCAGCGGGAGAUAUCGAUGCCGACGCCGCUGAUGAAGGGAUUCUUGUCACAGCUCGAGCUCUGCCCUUGAACCGCUUCAGCUGGUGGGACACAGACGCACCGGGCUAUUCAUCACGGCUUGUUGAGACUACCAAGAACAGCAUCCCACCAGCCGAUAUCCUUGCCAGUACAACCCUAUCCCCAUCGACCACUGGCCCCUGGAGCACGUGGGACUUGAGCAAGCCAGUAUCAUUCGGCUUGCUGCAUUUCACCGGCCAAGAGCUCGAUAAGUUGAAGAAGCUAGCUCGACAAGAAAGCACCGAGACCUCCCGCCUCGACGCUCUCCUAUCCCAUCUAUUCCAGCGCAUCACCAAGGCAAGGUCACCCACCCAGUCUCCUGAGGGCGAGACAUCCCUAGACGUCACCAUGGACGUCCGGCGCCGCGUAUCUCCACCCCUUCCGGAAACCUUCCUCGGCUCGCCCAUUCUUCUAACGCACAUCAAGUCCCCGGCCUCCGUCAUACGUGAAGCCAGCAUCGGCUCGUUAGCGCUCCGGCUAAGAAGGACGAUGCAGCAGUUUACGCCGGAUAAGGUAGCUGCGCAUCUACAUGACGCCGCGUUCGAGGUUUCGCCGCAGAGGUUGUGGCUGGGGUUUCAGGGGUCUUUGCACGUGCUCGUUACGUCGUGGCAGAGGUUGAGACUUUACGAGGUAGAUUUUGAGGGCACCGGGGUGAGGCCGAGGUUUGUGCAUGGGGCUAUGCCAAAAAGUGAUGGGCUUUUGGUCGUGCUGGAUCCGGUGGUGGAGGAUGGGGGUGUGGACGUGGCGCUUCAUUUGGAUGGGGAGGCUACGGGCAGGUUGUUGAAGGAGUUCAGGCAGAGCAAGAUAUAA